GGAAGACUGAUCCCUUCCACCAUGGGAUGUCUUCUUAUAGGGAUCCAUGGAGCCAGAAUCUGGGGCCAAUGGAACAGUCGUAACUGAGUUCAUCCUGCUGGGCUUGGUGGAGACACCAGGGCUGCGACCAGCUGUCUUUGUACUCUUCCUCUUUGCCUACCUGCUCACGGUCGGGGGCAACCUCAGCAUCCUGGCAGCCAUCCUGGUGGAGCCCAGACUCCACACCCCCAUGUACUUCUUCCUGGGGAACCUGUCGGUGCUGGACAUUGGGUGCAUCACUGUCACUGUUCCCUCAAUGCUGAGUCGUCUCUUGUCCCACAAGCACACAGUUCCCUACGCAGCCUGCCUCACACAGCUUUUCUUCUUCCAUCAGCUGGCUGGUGUAGAUUGCUUCCUAUUGACAGCCAUGGCCUAUGACCGAUUCUUGGCCAUCUGCCGACCCCUCACCUACAGCACCCACAUGAGCCAGAUGGUCCAGAGGAUAUUGGUGGCUGUGUCCUGGGCUUGUGCCUUCACCAAUGCACUGACCCACACUGUUGCCAUAUCCACCCUCAACUUCUGUGGCCCCAGUGUGAUCAAUCACUUCUACUGUGACCUCCCACAGCUCUUCCAGCUCUCCUGCUCCAGCACCCAGCUCAAUGAGCUGCUGCUCUUUGGUUUAGGUAUCCUCAUGGCAGGUGCACCUGUGAUUCUCAUUGUCACCUCCUACAUCCAUGUAGCAGCUGCUGUUCUACGAAUCCGCUCAGCAGAGGGCAGGAAGAAAGCCUUCUCCACGUGUGGCUCCCACCUCACUGUGGUGGGCAUCUUCUAUGGCACAGGUGUCUUCAGCUACAUGAGGCUGGGCUCAGUGGAGGCUUCAGACAAGGACAAGGGGAUUGGCAUCCUCAACACUGUCCUCAGCCCUAUGCUGAAUCCAAUCAUUUACAGCCUCCGGAACCCUGAUGUGCAGGGUGCUCUAUGGCGAGUACUCACGGGGAAGCGAGCCUUGCGUGAGAGGUGUCUCAGAAGGGUGGAACCAUAGCAAGUGUCCCUGUCUUUCCUCAACCUUGAGCAAGAUGACUUUUGUUAGGAAGUGAGACUCGUUCUCUUGAUAAUAGGUGUACAGGUUCUAUAGGCCAGAACCCUUGGCUAGUUGCCAUUUGGUCCUAGCUACUCUUCCCAUUCCAGGUGGAGUUGGAACCAGGACACUCUGUCUCCUGGAAGGUUCAUGGUCCUAUAGGAAGGACCCUUUGUUUUUUUCUACAGGGAUCCCAAAAAAUAUACCAGCAGAGAUUCUAUCCAGACUGGAAUAUGGAAAGUCACAGGCUGCUGCCAAGUAUUAGCACAUCCUAUUGUUAGCACAUGUCAUA